AUGCACGCCCUCUACCUCUCCCUCCUCCUCCCAACCACUGUCCUCGCCUCUUUCAACCUCCUCUCCCUCCCCGAAUCCGCCGGUGACCUCCCCGACGUCCCCUCUGGCAUAACCCCAAAUCCAUCUUGUAUCGCCGCCUACAACGCCACAAUCGACUGCGACUCCUCCGUAGUCACCAACUCCUUCGGCGACUCGCAAAGGCCCACAGCCGCCGAACUCGACAAAAUCUGCACAUCUGCAUGUUUAACCUCACUCCGUAAAUGGGUCAGAGGAGGGGAAGGAUGUGAGGGGGAGACGUUUUUGAAUUAUUUUGGACUUUUGAGUGAGAAGUUUUUCGAUGAGGAUGUGGGAAGGAAUGCUACUGCGACGGAUGUUUGGCAGUAUUAUAUUACGGCGGCUUAUCAUACUAAGUGUUUGGUUGAUUCCUCAUCAAAAACCUACUGCCUCCUCGCCCCCGAAACCCCAGGUUACACCCAACCAGGCCUAUUAAAUACUUCAAACCCAGAUGCCCUCUGCAAAGAAAACACCUGCGCGACACAAUCCGCCUAUCUUUUCUCCCCGAUAAAAACAAUCUACAAAUAUGAUCCAACAAACAUCACCGAAUCCCGAGAUCGAGAAGAAUCAAACGGUGAUUUACCAAUGUUGACGUUGGAGGAAGCUUGUCCUGAUAUUGAUACUUCGGAGUAUCCGUUGAGAGAGGAGGAUGUUACGGCUGAGAUGUUGAAGAGUGGAAGUACCGGUGGGAAUGGGAAUGGGAAUAAUAAUGGAGGUGCUACUAAGGAUGGUGAUAAACCGGGUGCUGCUGUUGGGAUGAAUAUCGACUCGAGGAACUUGAUGGCGGCGGUGGUCGUGGGGUUUGUGGGAUUGUUGGCUUUUUAA